ACUGAGAUUCCAGUUCCGAAAGCUGCUCUAAGAGGAAAUGCACUCAUUUCUGUUCCAUUCAGCGUGAGCCGGUGCUUUGCUGUGGUGUUUGACGGGCAUACCUUUUUGAGACAGAGCAAAGACGUAAACAGAUUGGAUUACAUGGACACUGGUGGCAGAACAGACAGAAAUUCAUAAAGUUGAAGAUGUCUGGCAGUUAAGUUUUGUUUUGUUUUUUUUUCUAAGAAGGCUUCCUGACUGCGUUUUGAGUGUGGCCUGCUGAGGACUCGGCACCAUCAAAUACAUGCCUGUAGAGGGCGCAAUCUGACAAAAUUUGGCUUCUUUAAGGUUUGUCUCAGCAUUAUUUUGCUCCCGCAUUAAGUUAGUAUUUUUAACUUUUAUUCCAAGUGAAAUUGUCUUAUGUAAAUAAGUCAAACAAAUAUUCCCUUAAAACUUUCUAUUCCUGAUUUAAAUUUUUGCUGAAACAACAACCGAUUGGAGUGAAUACUAAAUACUAAAUUAAAUUUAUGAUAAUUAUCACUAAAUUGAAUUGCUAUGUAUAUUUUGACUCAUAAAAAUGGUUUUGACCAUUUCAAAUUUGAAACCUCAAACCUUCUCAUUUUCACACGUAGACAUGUAGCCAAACCUGAUCUGCCUGUUAAACAAGGAAGUUAAUGCAAGAAAAAAAAAAAAAAAGAUCUGGUUACUUGUGUUUUUAGGUGAGGUUUGACUUGCAAAGGCAGAACUACAGGAAGCAGAGCUGUGAAAGCUCACUUCUGCAUGCAAGCACAGGACAUCGGGGAUUUUAAAAAUGCUGAAACAACUCUUGGCCUUUGUGUCACUUUUUGCCUUCCUCAGCCUUUUGUUUUAUUCUGUGGUGUUAUACCAUUAUAAAAAUGUUUAUUAUGGUAUUCAUGUUGUUCACCGCUUUGUAAAUGAAAACCAGACAUAUUCCUGGAAGUUACUAGAUAAUUUAAAUGUUCCGAGUUCCGAGGUCAGUGUCACAAGGAAGCCAAUUAGCCCAACAAAAAUUUUGGAUCCAUGUCCCGAAACAUCACCAAAACUUGUGGGUCCUCUGAAAGUGGAGUUCAAUACAAGACGGACAUUAGAAAAUGUGAAAGCGGAGUCAAGUUCUUCAGAACUUCAGAUGGGAGGACGGUACAAGCCACCUGAUUGUAUCUCCCGACAAAAGGUGGCAAUUAUCAUCCCAUUCCGAAAUCGACAUGAGCACCUGGUACAUUGGCUUUAUUACUUGCAUCCUAUCUUGAUGCGACAACAGCUGGACUACGGCGUGUACGUCAUCAACCAGGAUGGGGAAGGAAUCUUCAACCGAGCUAAACUGAUGAAUGUUGGAUUUGCAGAAGCACAGAAGGAAUAUGAUUAUGAUUGCUUUGUCUUCUCUGAUGUUGACCUGGUGCCUCUUGAUGACCGUAACAUCUACAAAUGCUAUGACAAUCCCAGACAUUUGGCUGUGGCCAUGGACAAGUUUAACUUUCAUCUACCCUACAAUACCUACUUUGGUGGGGUCUCCUCACUGUCGAAGCAACAGUUCUCUAAAAUAAAUGGCUGUCCAAACAGUUACUGGGGUUGGGGCGGUGAGGACGACGACAUUUACAGGCGCGUCAUCUUCCAUGGAAUGUCCAUUUCUCGACCAGAUGGAGUGAUUGGGAAGUACAGGAUGGUCAGGCAUCAAAGAGACAAACACAAUGAGCCCAAUCCAGAGAAUCCCGGAAAACUUAGUAAAACGAAGUCUACCAUGGACAAAGAUGGACUAAAUACCCUCAGCUACACAGUCAAGGAUAUCUCAAAGGAUUUAUUAUUUACUUUCAUCACUGUGGACAUUCAAGCUCCAGCAAGUUGAUGGAAAUUGUAAAAUAUGGGUAAAUUACAGGGUAAUUUACUGUGAUCAGUAAAUUACUGAACACAGAGUCUGUUGUGUUCAGUAGGUUGUCAAACGUUAAACUCUUGAGGGAAAAUGACAGGUUUUCUGUGAGGUGCUGAUUUAAAUGGUUUACGGUUUAGAAGAAAAGCAACUUUCCUUUUGUGCCAAGCUUUUGAAGAAGAAUCAUGAUCUGCUUGUCUUUUCUUUUUUAUAUCUUUACAGUGGUAAUCUGUAAAACACGUGGGAAGCAAGUGUGUCUAAUGGAACUGAAAUAGCUGUGAAUGAAUGAAAACCCUCUCUGUGUGAAUGUCUCCAGGUUAGCCAUAAAGGAAGUGUGAAAUUUGUGGCUAGAAUUGUGAAAAUUACGAUAGGAGAACUUUUGUAUCUUUAAAAAAGUUAGGAAUGGCAUGUUAAAAGGUUUAAGGUUUGUAGCUGACAAGUUUGUCAGUCUCUAUCUGAUCAGUUCCAUCAAUAUGAAAUAGCUUAGAUAUAUCUAUGUAAUGUGCAUAAGUGAUACGCUUUUGAAACCAAUGAUGUUUAUGUAGCCAUAUCAAGGCUGCAAAAUUUUGUCUCUUUUUUUCCUUACACUUAUUUCCACUUAAUUGUCUUAAUUUACAUUACAAAUAUAAAUUCAUAUUGAACAACA